AUGUGGUGCGUCGCUCUCAUCGUGGCCCUGCUGCCGCUGGCAAAAGCCACCGUUUAUCCAGAUGAGGCGCUGGACGCACCGUGGGAGCUUUGGAAGAAGACCCACCGGAAGGAGUAUAACAGCAAGAUGGACGAAGUGUCCAGAAGACUCAUCUGGGAGAAGAACCUCCACUACAUCAACACCCACAACCUGGAAUUCUCCCUCGGAAGACACACGUUCGAGGUGGCCAUGAACCACCUGGGCGAUAUGACCAGCGAGGAAGUGGUGCAGAAGAUGACCGGCCUCAAAGUCCCUUCAUCUCGUAAGCAGAAUAACGACACGCUGUACAUCCCAGACUGGGAAAAGCGGGCACCCGACUCCAUGGAUUACAGGAAGAAAGGCUAUGUGACUCCUGUGAAGAACCAGGGCCAGUGCGGAUCCUGCUGGGCUUUCAGCUCCGUGGGGGCCCUGGAAGGCCAGCUCAAGAAGAAGAUGGGCAAGCUGCUGAACCUCAGCCCCCAAAACCUGGUGGACUGUGUCACCAACAACGACGGCUGUGGGGGCGGCUACAUGACCAACGCCUUCGAGUAUGUCAAGGAGAACCGAGGCAUUGAUUCUGACGACUCCUAUCCCUACAUCGGCCAGGAUGAACGCUGCAUGUACAACCCCACUGGGAAGGCAGCCAAGUGCCGGGGCUUCCGGGAGAUCCCCGAAGGGAACGAGAAGGCCCUGAAGAGGGCCCUGGCCCGGAUCGGCCCCAUCGCCGUGGGCAUCGACGCCAGCUUGCAGUCCUUCCAGUUCUAUAGCCGAGGUGUGUAUUACGAUGAGAACUGCAACUCUGAAAACAUCAACCACGCAGUCCUGGCUGUGGGCUAUGGCGCCCAGAAAGGCUCCAAACACUGGAUCAUCAAAAACAGCUGGGGGGAGGAGUGGGGCGACAAAGGCUAUGUCCUGAUGGCCCGCAACAUGAACAACGCCUGCGGCAUCGCCAACUUGGCCAGCUUCCCGAAGAUGUGAGCUGGCCGUUUUCUCGGUGUCCCCGUGUCUGGAAACUGCUGGAUUCCUGAGCUGGCAUCUUGGAGCUUCAGCGCAAGAAGGAAGGACUUGAAUGGCAGUCAUUUUGCUUCCUAGGCAGGUCUGAGAAACAUCGAUUAAAAAGGCUUUUUGUAAAAAAAAAACAAAAAAAAAACAAAA